CUAUGCGCGUAAAGGGUGUGAGGGGCGUUCACGGACUAUAAAAGCGCGUCGCUCCGGUCCGGCAGCGGCUCUCGAACACACAGGUGUCCUUCAGCCCGUCCAGCCGGGACCGACGCUCAGCAUGGCCGCCAAGAGAGUCUGCAUUAUCGGCUCCGGCAACUGGGGCUCUGCCAUUGCCAAGAUCGUGGGUGCCAAUGCAGCAAAGUCCAGCACGUUUGAGAGCACAGUCAGCAUGUGGGUGUUUGAAGAGAUGAUCAACGGACGCAAACUCACCGAAAUCAUCAACACCGAGCAUGAGAACGUCAAAUACCUUCCUGGACACAAGCUGCCACCCAAUGUGGUAGCGAUUCCAGAGCUGUUGGACGCAGUGAAGGAUGCAGAUAUCCUCAUCUUUGUCAUACCUCAUCAGUUUGUGUCCAGAGUCUGUGAAACCAUUAAAGGUCACAUCAAAUCAGACGCUGUGGGGAUGUCCCUCAUAAAGGGUGUGGAUGAGGGUCCUGACGGGCUCAAACUCAUCUCUGAUGUCAUUAGGGAGAAACUGGGCAUCACUAUGACUGUGCUGAUGGGAGCCAAUCUGGCCAAUGAGGUGGCUGCUGAGAAAUUCUGCGAAACCACAAUCGGGUGUAAAAGCAAAGCUCACGGGCCGCUGCUGAAAGAACUCAUGCAGACGCAGAACUUCCGUGUGACGGUGGUGGAAGAGGCAGAUGUUGUGGAGAUCUGUGGAGCGUUAAAGAAUAUUGUGGCUGUUGGUGCUGGUUUCUGUGACGGUCUAGAUUUCGGUGACAACACUAAAGCCGCUGUGAUCCGUCUGGGUCUGAUGGAGAUGAUCGCUUUCGCUCGGAUAUUCUGCAAGGCCAGUCCGGUCUCGCCCGCCACGUUUCUGGAGAGCUGCGGCGUCGCUGACCUCAUCACCACCUGCUAUGGAGGACGCAACCGCAAAAUUGGGGAAGCGUUUGCAAGAACAGGAAAAUCUAUUGAAGAGCUUGAGAAGGAAAUGUUAAAUGGACAGAAACUUCAGGGUCCAGCGACCGCAGCAGAAGUUCAUCAGAUCUUAAAACACAAAAACCUGGUGGAAAAGUUUCCUCUGUUUAAUGCAGUUUAUCAGAUCUGUUUUCAGGGUCAACCGGUGAAAGAUUUCAUCACAUGUCUACAGAAUCAUCCAGAACAUAUGUAACUGCUGUAAAUGUUCUCUCUGAACACUGAACCAGAUGUGGAUUUCUUCUUUGUGCAUCAUGAAGCCUAUUUAUCUAAUUUGAAAUGGCCUUUCUGAGUUUUUUAAAAACUAUAUACAAAUGUUAUAAUGAUGCAUAUAUAAGGUGAUUUUAUUUUGCAUUGUGGAGGAAGUUUGUCCUGUCUUCUGGCCCAUACUCACAGUGGAGUAUUUAAUCAUUUGUUUUUAUAGGUUUUUUUUUUUUUCAACAGCUUUUCAAUUUUUUAACAGCUUAUUUGAGGAAGAAAGUGCCUUAAAGUUGAGAUUUUAAAAGGUCUUGUAUGCUCAUGUAAUACGUGCCAAAAACAUAUCUCUAUAUUAAAUUGAUAACACAUCUAAUUCAUAACGCCUGGCAAAGGUUUUGUGAGUCAGUCACAAAAUGAUUUGUACGUUUUCUCUAACAAAGCUAAUGUUGAAUCAUUUGUAGAGUGAUCAUGCAGUCGAGUGAACUGUGAUAUUACUCUCACACACAUACUGGAAUGUGACCUUUACAUUGACACCUCUCUCUAACACACUAAACUUUGACCUUUAAAAGAUUAGGGUUCAUCCUAUGACCUUUACUUGUGAGCUAGCAGAUCAAAUCACUCCACACCAAAACACAAAAUAAACACAGGCCCUGACUUAACAUGAUUGAAGAUGUAAAACUUCAUUUGGCAAAAUGAAUUUCAUUUCAAUCGCCAUUUUCAAUAGUGGUUUGCCAUUCUUUCUAUCAGCAACAUAAAACAAACCUUUGUUGAAAAUCUCAUUACAUUUAAUAAUAGGGAUGAAUCGUUCAUGUGAUAGCUAUUUUGCUUUGCUGCCAGAUGUUCAAUCAACUGAGAUUUCUUUGUAUUUCAAGAAAAAAUAAAUAUGUGAGCUCAA